ACUAUUCUAUUCACUCAUAUUAGUCCUCGAAGUUGUUCGUAAGAGUGCUUCCAUGAACACUGAACCCCAGAGGUUGUUUCAGAGGGACUGAGCUGAACUGAACACCAUUUCCUGCGAGUAGAGAGAGGGAGAGAGGGAGAGGGAGAGAAUGGCGUGGAGCGCGACGAUGAUCGGAGCAUUGCUCGGGUUGGGCACUCAGAUGUACUCCAAUGCUCUCCGCAAGCUUCCCUACAUGCGCCAUCCAUGGGAGCAUGUAAUAGGGAUGGGGCUGGGCGCUGUGUUCGUGAACCAGCUGGUGAAGUGGGACGCCCAGCUCAAGGAAGAUCUCGACAAGAUGCUAGAGAAGGCUAAGGCUGCGAAUGAUCGGCGCUAUUUCGAUGAAGAUGAUGCUUAGUCAAUAUCACAGCCAAGUUUGCAGCAUCUUCAACUUUGUAAGUUUCGGCCUCCAUUGAUAUGAUGGUAGGACAUGGAUGCAAGUUUUUUUUUGUGAACCCUGGUGUUCUGUUCCCAAUGGUAUUUUAAGUUUCCAAUUUGGAUUAGCUUUUAAAGAACCUUGAAUCUCAUCAUGAAAGAAAAUUGCUUCCUCGUUUCCCCCAGGGAUUCUUCAAAAUCAUCAUUCAAUAAAAUUUUGUUAUUGGGGUCAUUGAUCCCUCGAGUAGAUGUACUUUUCUAUGUUCCUGAGUAGCUCUUGGUGGGUAGAAACUGAACCUUUUCGGAUAUACUUUAGGGACGGAUGUGUUUCCGUGAAGUGUAAAUUUCUGUGGUCUUGUUCUAAACUCUAUGGUUUACUUUACUUGCGUUAUUAAGUGAAUGUGAUGACGGAAUGGAGUCAAGAUUUUAAGGUAA